GGCGUCGGCGGCACCGGGUGUGAAAGCGGCCGUCAUGAAGUUGAACAUUGGCUUCAUUGUCCUUGUCACGACAGGGUACGUUGGUGCGUACGAGGUCAACAAUGCACGCCGACAGCCCUUGAGAGGCCUUCGAAACCAUGCGUUUGACUUCGGUCCCAGCAGCGCGUCUUCAAAGCUUGUAUUCACUGGUCCAAAUGCUUUAGAAAGAAUGCUGUCUCAGAGCAUCGGUCAGAGCCUGGAAGAAGGCAUAGUCAGCGGAGCCGGUGGACAGCGUGCAAUCGUGCAAGAGAUUGGUCAUGGCUUCAACCCCAGCGUUGCCCACAUCGUUGGUCACCCGAAUGUACAUGGUUUUCAUCAGGUGUUUCCACCGGGAGCAUUACACAGUAUUUCUUACGCUGGGGUACAAAGCGCUGGCCAAGAAUUCCAGCGUAACGUCGGCAAGACCCUACAACAUGCCGUGAUACCCAGCUUUGCACCACAGCUAACACAGGGUGGCGCUCGCGGCCUAUCCCAGGGCGUCACUUUAGGUGCCGCACGUGGUGUUAACCCCACCGUCAUACAACGAAUGACACGUACCAAAUCUAAAGCACCACAGCGUACAACAGGCCAACAAGUGGUACAUACCAUGGUACCGGCAGGCAGCUAUGUUUCAAGCCCCAACUACGGAUCAAAUUCCGGCUUCGUGCGAGCAUUCCAGCCUAAUUAUGACAGUUCGUACGCAAGCCCAACGUUCACGAGUAGCGUGCACGACGAUUUUAGCUUCGGCGACAGCAAAGUCAUACAUGGGCCAACCUACGUGGUGCACACUUUUGGCAGCAACAGGGAUCCCUACUUCAGCAGUCUCAAGUCUUACACGAGCAAGAGUCACCGGAGUAGCAAACCCUACGUGCGAAAAGCCAUCGUUAUUAAAGAGAAGGGCCGCCAUCGACUAUGAUCCAUGCUGCAGAGUGAUGCGAGGCAUGCAUUGAAUUUACAUCGUACAAAAAGAGACCAACAGCGGCUCGGGAAGAUGGUGUGAACUGGACAAGAUGAGGCUGUGCACUCUCUGGUCCUGCUGUACUCGAACUUCAACCAGAAUCUACCUCUUCCCGUGCAAUGCAGCUAGCACUAUCAACCACCCCGCUAGCAUCGCCCUGUGAACUAUGUUGCACCUUUCUAUUGUAAAUAAGUUUCUUCUAUUUAACGAGUAUUGUGAAAUAAAAGCACCGUGAAAGCUCA